AUGGAUGUUUAUAUAGCUGCUUUUGCAAGAACUCCUCUUGGUGGUUUUAAUGGAUCAUUAACUUCUUUUACAGCAACAAAACUUGGCCCCAUUGCUGUUGAAGCUAACAUUAGUCCUGAGCUUGUUGAAGAAGUCUUUUUUGGAAAUGUUCUUUCUGCUAACCUUGGUCAGAAUCCAGCAUGUCAAGUAGCUUUAGGUGCAGGUAUCCCAGACAAAGUGAUUGCCACAACAGUUAAUAAAGUGUGUGCAUCAGGUAUGAAAUCUGUAAUUUUAGGUGCCCAAACCAUCAUCACUGGAAAUGCUGAUGUAAAAUCUAUGUCAAACACACCUUAUUAUGCCACAAAAACAAUAUUUGGUUCUAAAUAUGGGGAUCAAACACUUGUUGAUGGUAUUAUAAAAGAUGGCUUAACAGAUGUCUAUAAUAGUUAUCUUAUGGGCAUUGCUGCUGAAGAAUGUGCUGAAGAUUAUAAUAUUACUUGUGAAGAACAAAAUGAUUAUGCUAUUUAUUCAUAUCAAUGUGCACAAAAAGCAUUUGCAGAAAAUAAAUGUUCGGAUGAAAUUGUUCCAAUAAAAGUAUCUGGUGGUAGAGGUAAACCUGAUAAAAUAAUUACACAAGAUGAUGAAGUUAAUAAUUUAAAUGUUGAUAAACUGCGUGCUGUGAAGCCAGCAUUCAUUGACAAUGGUAGUGUGACAACUCCCAAUUCUUCGCCAUUAAAUGAUGGUGCAACAGCUAUUGUUCUAAUUAGUGGAGAGAAAGCUAAAGAGUUGGGUAUUAAAGUUGUUGCAAAAAUUUUAGGUUGGAGUGAUGCUGCUCAGGCACCAGAAAAAUUUACAACAUCACCAUCUGUAGCCAUACCAAAAGAUUUAUCUCAUGCAAAAAAAUCACUUUCAGAUAUUGAUUAUUUGGAGAUUAAUGAAGCAUUUUCUGUUGUUGCUUUAGCAAAUUUAAAAUUGCUUUCACUAGAUAAAGAAAAAGUCAAUGUUUUUGGUGGUGCAGUUGCAACGAGUCAUCCAUUGGGUUGUUCAGGGGCUAGAAUUAUUGCAACUUUAACCAAAUCAUCAGCAAAGAAUUAUUUUUUAGUAGAAGCCAUUGGAAUUGGUAGACCUACAUAUCUGAAUGAUGAAGUACCAUACCAACUGGUAGGUCUUUACCCAAAAGAUUCUUCAGUAUCAACAUCAUUGGAAAGGUUUUCAAAUGGUGAUGUUGUUAGGAUAUCUGGCAAAUUCACAAUUUUGAAUAAAGGCUCUGUAUUGUUAACAAAUGUUAAUGUUUUACUGAUUGAACCACAAAAUUUGCUAAGCAAAGAAAAUAAAAUCGACAUCACAAUUACUGCAAAUGAAUACAUGGACUCAAAUACAAAAACAAUGAAUUUUAACACCUAUGUUUACUUGAUUGAAGGGAACCUCAUAAAAGUAGCAAAUUUCACCACUCAUGGAAGUGAGAUAUUUGUUGCUGGCAAUCUUGAAUUAUCAGAACAAGGUCUGACAAUAUUGAUUGAUAUAACCACUACCACAAAUUCUGUCCUUUCUCAAAAUGUCUCUGAAACAAACUCUAUGUGGACAGCAUCAGAAAAAUUUAAAUCUAUUAAACAAAAAUUUGAUUUCUACAUAUUGUAUCAACAUCUUUAUGUUCGAUGUUCUUAUUGUGGUCAAUUACUUUACCUUCAAAAGACAAAUUGGACUCAAUGA